AUGGCCGGUCUGUCCAACGCAUGUCGCCGCCGUCAGCUCUACAUCAAGAUGACACAAUAUGCUUAUGGAGACCAAGACCUUAGCUGCAUCUCGGGAUGCUCUUUCGCAGAGAAAGAAAGUAGAAGUGGCCGACAGUCGGACAUAGGAAAGCCUCUAGCUCAGCACAUUCAUCGUAAUGAUCGCAUAACCGUCUUGCUAGUCUCCACUCUCCCAAGCCGAACCCGAGCAAAAGUCCAAGAAGGGGGCUGUUCUCGUGAAAGCUCUCCACCGUACGGAUACUUGAUUGAGCAGCAGAGACCACGGAAACCUGGAAGAAGGGCGAAUAGAAGACUAGACAGGGCGUGGUCGCCAGUUCACGUUUCGCUCGUUGCGCCCGCGGUGGGAACCCGCCCCAGUGGUUAUCCCUUCGGUCCACGGCCCAGUCGGGGCUCCGUUCGUCUGUUGCGAAGUGCCGCGCGCAAGUCAGCCAGCGUUGAAGCGCAAGGCAUCUCGCAACCCGCCCCCAUGUAA